AUGAUGUUAACAAUACAUGGAUUACCUCCAAAUACUAAAUUCCAGGAUUUGAAAAAUAUAAUUAAGCAGGAGUGUAAAAUUACUGAAUUCAUCCUGAGUCCUUUGAAUGUUGACCCAGAUGGUACAAAAAGAGUAAGGAUAGGUCUUGCCGAUGACAAUGAAGGCAACCUCUUGAUGAACUAUUUGAAUCAAUACAGAUUAUCUGGACAUGUUCUCAGAGUAGUUCCUGUUGGAAAACAAACAAAUGAUAACCCACAGCAAAAUACAUUUAAUGAUGGCAGCUAUCAGUGGACAGGUAACCAGCAACAACUGGAUCCUGUACAAAAUCGACCUGUGUCUUGGUCUGAUGGGCAUGGCAAUCAGCAGUGGAUACCAAACCAACAAGCUGCACCAUUGCAGAUGCAGCCUCACAGUAACUUUGGUUAUGUGCAACCAGCUAGUAGUGUUCAACAACCAUACUUUAAUCAGCAAGGAGCACACUCACAAAAUAAAGUAUUUGGACAACAAGAAACGUUUCCACAGGUCAGAGGUAUGCUACAACAAGUCUAUGGCUCUCCAAAAGAUCAGAGCACAAGAAAUAUAACUUCAAAUUUGGUUACGGUCCAGCUACAGAAAGCGGAACCGUUUCCAAAACACAGCCCAUCGCAUUUCGAUAAAUCUGGGCAACAUGAAAAACGGCAAGGUUUUCAUGAUUGGAGGGGGCGAAGAUUUUCACCACAGCGUGAUCAAAUGACCCCGGCGGUUGGUCGCACAGUUUCACCUGGGCGUAGAGUUACACCACCAGGACACAGUAUUUUACCUCCUGGGCGCACAAUUUCUCCUCCGCGUCAAAUUUCACCUACUGGAUCCAAAAUGUCAUCAUCUGGGCGUAGAAUUUCCCCACAGUGGCGCAAAAUUUCACCAUCUGGUUGUAGAAUUUCACCACCUGGACGAAAAACUUCACCAUUCGGUCGGAGAACGUCACCAUUUGGUCGGAGAAUGUCACCAUCUGGUCGAAGAAUGUCUCCAUCAGGUCGUAGAAUGUCGCCAUACGGUCGGAGAAUGUCACCAUCCGGUCGGAGGAUGUCACCAUCUGGCCGCAGAAUAUCGCCUCAUGAAAGAAGAAUUUCACCACCAGUAAGAAAGAUGUCGCCUUCAGAGAGAAGAAUCGCUUCAUCUGGGCGAAAAAUUCCUCAAGGGGAAAGACAUGGGGGACAUCGGUUGUCACCAAGAAGAAUGUCACCGACCAAGCAACCAAUUACUAGAAAAAUGUCACCCGGUAGACGUUCACCUAAUCGUGGACAUUCACCAAGAGGAUAUGAUAGGUAUUCGCCAUCCGAUAUUGAGAAGCAAAUGGGUAAAAUACGCCCAGGACCUGACAAGAGCGUUCGGCCCGCCUACGAGCCUGUUGGUCAGGCGCAAAGUCAACCCAUGUACCCAGGUGCUUACCCUCCGAAUGCCCGUGAAAACGUUCAAUACCCUGUAUCAGCCCCACGUCAAGGUGAUCAACGGUCCACAUGGCAAGACAGGGAGAGACCUUAUACAUCAUCAGGGACAGCUGAUGGUGAUAGACGAGAUGUUACUAGGGUGCAGAAAUUUGACGGGCCAAGAGACUAUCCAAGGGGUCUGAUGGACCCGCCUGAAACAAAAACUAGUUCACCAAGUCGCAUGUCACGUUCUCCAACUCGACGAGACCGCUCACCUAUCAGGGAUCGGUACAGAAGACAUUCUCCUUCUCCUCGUUCUCCAAGUCGUUCCUGGGCUUUUGAAAAGCGACGCAGUUCUGAAAAUCGUGAAGCACCCCCGCCACCAUCUUGGCCGGUACAAGAACGACAAGAUCCCCCAUACGUAAAGCCAAGUCAUCCAAAUGAAAAAACAACAAAUAAUAUACCAGUUUGGGAUAAACCUUAUGAAGCCAAAGUCAAUCCACCAUUCCUCCGCACAGAAGAACAUCUUGUUCAUGAAUGCGAAGACAGAAGAUACUUUACUAGUUCAAGUCGAUCCCGUUGGGAUAUGCCGCCAACAUCUACAGCUCCCGAUUUAAAAGGGCCACCCAGGGAACAAUCACCAAGGCAGUUUAGACACGGUGAUCGGUAUCUACAAAGCCAACGGGAACCAAACUUUUCUCCUCAUGAUGAAUAUAGGUCACAACAUCAAAAUGAAUUUCAAAAGCAAGGGUUUCACGAUCGUGAUCACCAUAUAGACCGCUAUGAGCCUAAAGACAAAAUGAACAUAAUGGCUAUUGACAACUUGAGUCACAAAACCGACAUACUACACAGAAGAGAUGAUUACCGUCCACGGUUGGACGAAAGGAAAAGUGGUUUGCCGAUCGGACAGGAUCUUAACAGAGAAAUAGAAGACGUAUUCAAGAGAGCCGCAGAGCUCACAAAGAAAACCGAAGAAUAUCAAAGAAAAAGGAGUGAAAAAAGUUCUAAGGAUCACGACCGUCAUCCGAAUGAGUCGCAAGAUUCAAGGAUCAGUGAUCUUCAUCGAGCGUCCAGUCCUUCUAGCCGCGACUUGUAUGCACCUACAGAAACUUUAUAUGAUAGAAACCUGGGACACUCUCGUGGGACUCGCAAUUAUGAUCUAAGUGCCAAAAUCCAGUAUAAAAGAGAUAAAGCAGUCGAUGAAAUAACGGGAAAAAUGAUGUAUAAAUUUGCUCCAGAUAUUAAAGGAAAGAUUAGAGACGAAGUGGAAGAGCUUGUGAAGUCAUCUAUAGAGAAUAUGGUUUUUGAAAUGUUUGGCGACAAAGAUGUGUCAUUUAUAGAAAUCGUCAUUAAGUUCGAGGAUAGAUACAAAACCAAAGAUUUGGAACAGAUAUUUGAUAAAGCUCUAUCAAGAUUUCCUGCUGAAAUCAGAAGGAUGAAGCGAUCUGCACCAGAUGAGUCGCAUAUUCCUGCUAAAAAAAUACAAAGGCGUUCUCGUAGCCCCAACAUAAAACAAGAUAUGAUCGAACCAGCCGUGGAAUCUAGACUUUCAGAUUGGAAUAUGAAUUUUGAAAGUGUUAUGGUUCCGGCGCCGGCAUUAGUUCAACAGAUGCCCAUCAUGGCACCAGUUCCGAUGAUGGUUCCCAUGCCGUAUUCGGUGAGUCAACCUGAGCUGGAGCCUAUGUUGCCGCAGGAGGGGCAUCAGUUGUUUUUGUGCAAGGACAAUUUUCAGGCUUUCAACGAAACGCAGGCGGACUAUUUAAAGAACUAUAUCAUUAGUAAAAUAAUCCAGGAGACUGAGUCUUCUAACGCUUGGGCACCAGAUUUAACGCUAAGAGGACUGCAAAAUGAAUUACGUUACGAAGUUUGGACUCGCGAUGAACAAUCUAAAGAUUGGCUGUUGAAAUUAGACUUCAAUGAUUUCUCUUUCUUUAAUGUGUUGGUUUACACGUCCGAGGAGCUUUGGCACGAGCGCGCAGCGAUUUGGCUUCCAGAUCAUUCGAGGCUGCAAAUGUUAUCACCGUUGGACAAACUGAAACUGCAAAAUCGGUACUUGACAAAUCUCAAUAUCGAUAAGUGGAAGCUUGUCAAGCAAAUAGUUACUGAGAAAGGAACCAGGUUGUACGUCGACAUGCCGCCGUCUUCGGCUCGUGCCCUGGAAACCCAUAAAAUGACUCUAAGCUAUGAACUAUCGAAAGUUACAGUUUUCCUUAAAGCGGAUGCCGUUGAUAAAAACGCAUUCGAUGCUGGUCUGGAUGAAAAAUCAAUCAUAGUCACACCGGAUCUAUACAAACGGAACACACCAAUGCCAGCAAUCAAUAGCCAAGAUCCAAACAUAGUGAAAUUUUGUUUUAAUGGCACCACUCCCAUACAUCUCCAGACAGCACAAAAAGUUAAGGAAUCAAUAAUUUAUCACAUGUAUAAGUAUCUACAACAAGGCGGAAAAAGCAAAACUGAUUUUCUGAAGUACGGAUACUGUAAGCCAGGCUACUUAUGUGUAAUCCCAGAAAACGAAGAAUCAAGAAAAUGGCUUAAUAUGAUGUACUUUGGAAAUAUCAAACGACAAUUUAUCACUGUUUAUGGCGCUGAUGAUAGCAAUAUUAAAUUCAUAUCCAUAACGAUGUCCUUGCCCAAUGAGCCAAAUUUGACACCCAAAAAUGUAUUAGAAAAGCUGAAGUUGAGCAACCGUGGUGUUAAAGGUCUGAAAUUUGGUUUAUGGAAGAACGGCUUUAUUUCCGCACAUCAUAAGCAAAGGAUGAACUACAGUGUUGACGUGGACUUGGUAUCUUUGGAGACUCUUAUUAACCUAAAAUUAAUUUUAGAUUAUUCAUAUAAUAAUCGCAACGAGACAGUUUUUGUAAAAUCGAAUCAUUCUGUGGCAAAACUAAAAGAAAUUAUAAACCAACAUAAAGCUGCAUUAGAAGACAAGCUAGAUGUAACCAAUAUGGAAAUAUCAACAUCGGAUGACGAAAGUGUAGUCUGUAUAGAUUGA